AUGAAGCAUGGUUUAGGGGUUGCGCUUCUCGUCCUGCUUCUGGCAGCUUUGAUCGUGCUGCAUGCUGUCGUUGCACCGUACACGAAAGUCGAGGAAUCAUUUCACGUCCAAGCUACCCAUGACAUCUUGGCCUUUGGGCUGCCAUAUGAGAAAGGCCUGGAGUAUGUCAACUACGACCAUUUUGUCUUUCCAGGUGCCGUUCCCCGGACUGCGGUCGGCGCAGCAGCUCUGGCGAAGGUGUCACAGGGUCUUCUUGCGUUGAAUGUCGACAUUGACCACCAAAUACUCUCGCGGGUGGCUCUCGGUCUCUACAAUGCACUUGCACUGGGUGUAUUUGCACAUGGGGUCUUGCGCAGCUUCGGCCGGACUGUAGCUGUAUGGUACCUCGUCCUUCAAGGCAGCCAGUUCCAUCUGAUCUACUACGCUUCGCGGCCGUUGUCGAACAUGUUCGCCUUCGGGCUUACGACAUUCUCUCUGCGAUUUGCACUUCCAGACAAGCUCCCACUGAACGCAGCUAGAUCGGGACUGCACGAGAAUGCCGGCCAGCUAUCACUCAUCCUUCUUACCUUCGCGGGGGUGGUAUUUCGUUCCGAAUUAGCAGUCCUGGUGGCCACAACGACUCUGUACCUUCUCGCCUCAAGACGCAUAACACUGCUCUCAUGCAUCAAGGCAGGGCUCCUGGGAUUGAGCCUCGGUCUUUGCACGACAGUACCAAUCGACUCGCAGUUUUGGCAGCGCUGGCCUCUAUGGCCCGAGCUAGAAGCCUUUGUCUUCAACGUCGUGCACGGCCAGUCCUCGGAAUGGGGCAUAGAGCCAUGGUCCUUUUACUUCCUUAAUGCUCUCCCUCGCCUCCUUCUCAAUCCUGCAACGUACCUCCUCGCUCUCCCCAUCGCCCUCCGCCAACCCGCAACCCGCCACCCAGCCCUCUCCCUCCUAACCCCCUCCCUCACCUUCGUCGCCUUGUACAGCUUCAUGCCGCACAAGGAAUGGCGCUUCAUCAUCUACAUCAUCCCGGCCCUCACAGCCUCCGCUGCCCUAGGCGCAGGAUACCUCUGGACGCACCGCGCGCGCUCCCUCUUCGCACGCACAGCAUCCAGGCUCCUCGUCCUUUCCACACUCUUCUCAUUCCUCCUCUCCACCUUCGUGCUCCUCCCCGCCUCCGCAGCAAACUACCCCGGCGCGCACGCCCUGAACGCACUGCACCGCUACCACGCGCGAACCGCGCCGGUGCAGGACACCGACGUCGAGCCGGAUAGUGUAACUGUCUACCUCGGUAACCUGGCCUGCCAAACGGGCGUGACCCGGUUCCUGCAAUUGCCUGAUUCGCACUGGGUCUACGAUAAGACGGAAGACGAGGCGGCGAAGGCUUCGUUCGAGUUUUGGGACCGGUUCGACUAUGCUCUUGUUGAGGCGGGACGGGAUCCUACUUUCGCGGAUGACGAUGAGGUAAGGUUGAGGGCUGCGCUGCCGGAGGCGCAAUGGGAGGUUGUGGAGGUUGUGGAUGGGUUUGCGGGUGUCUCAGUGCUGAGGCCUGGGGUGCAAGCGGAUGGGGACGCUGAGCGAUGGGUUCUUCGGAGUUUGGGUGGCGAGUCUGCGGCUGGGUUGUAUGAAAGAGGAAGGGAUAUUGUGAGGCAGGCUGUUCUGAGGGGUUGGUGGGUUGAAUUGAAAAUGAGGCCGAAGAUCAAGGUGUUGAAGCGUGUGUGA